AUGUCUUCCACCAUCAAGACUACCGCCCUCUCUCUGUUGCUCGCGGCCGGCCUCGCCAGUGCCGGUCCUCUGAACGCCCGUGCCAGUGGAGUCCAGGGCUUCGACAUCUCCAGCUACCAAAGCGAUGUGGACUUUGCCGGAGCCUACAAGGACGGGGCGCGCUUCGUCAUGAUCAAGGCCACUGAGGGAACCACCUACAUCGACAGAAGCUUCUCCAGCCACUACGAUGGCGCCUCCUCUGCUGGUCUGAUCCGAGGCGGCUAUCACUUUGCCCACCCGGACUCCAGCUCUGGGGCCAAGCAAGCCGAGUACUUCUUGGCCCACGGUGGUGGCUGGUCGAAUGAUGGCAAAACCCUGCCGGGCAUGCUGGACCUCGAGUACAACCCCUCGGGCUCGACCUGCUAUGGACUCAGUGCGUCCGACAUGGUCGCCUGGGUCAAGGACUUUGGCGAAACCUACAACAGCAAGACUGGCCGCUACCCCAUGAUCUACACCACGGCCGACUGGUGGAAAACCUGCACCGGGAACAACGGGGACUUUGGCGCCGAUUACCCGCUGGUCCUGGCGCAGUAUGCCAGCUCCAUCAGCACCGUCCCCAACGGCUGGUCGUACCAGAGCUUCUGGCAGAACUCGGAUUCGUACAGCUACGGCGGCGACUCGGAUCUGUGGAAUGGGAGCGAGGAUGCCUUGAAGACCUUUGCCAAGGGCUCCUAG